UUAGUGAAUUAAAUUGAAAACAAGUCCUAAAAAGGAUCUAAGGGUUAUGUGCUGCUUCUAACUGUGAAAAAUAAUUGAUUUAAAGAAUAAACCAUUCAGGCCUAGUUGUUGAAGUCCUAGGAUUUUCAGUUUAAAUAUUCACAGUGGGUAUAUGAGUGACCUAAAGCUGCAAAUUAAAACGGAGAGAGAGCAGUGCCAACUGCGAGCAGGGCAAGGAUGCCAAUUCCUCCUCCCCCUCCACCCCCUCCUGGUCCUCCACCUCCCACUUUUAAUCAGGCAAACACAGAGCAGCUCAAGCUGAGUAGAGAUGAGCAGCGGGGUCGAGGUGCCCUCUUACAGGACAUCUGCAAAGGGGCCAAGCUGAAGAAGGUGACCAACAUUAAUGAUCGGAGUGCUCCCAUCCUUGAGAAACCGAAAGGAGGCAGUGGUGGUUAUGGCUCUGGAGUAGGUGCCCUACAGCCUAAGGGAGGUCUCUUCCAAGGAGGAGUGCCGAAGCUUCGACCUGUGGGCGCCAAGGAUAUUUCAGAGAAUUUAGCUGGUAAGCCAGCCCUGCAAGUUCCCAGUUCUCGAGCUGCUGCCCCAAGGCCCCCAGUGUCUACAGUCAGCGGGCGCCCUCAAGAUGAUACGGACAGCAGCCGAGCCUCACUCCCAGAACUGCCCCGGAUGCAGAGACCUUCAUUACCAGACCUCUCUCGGCCUAAUACCACCAGCAGUACGGGCAUGAAGCACAGCUCCUCUGCCCCUCCUCCACCACCGCCGGGGCGUCGUGCCAACGCACCCCCUACACCUUUGCCUGUGCACAGCAACAAAGCCCUAGCCUACAACAGAGAGAAACCCUUGCCACCUACACCUGGACAGAGGCUUCACCCUGGUCGAGAGGGACCUCCAGCUCCACCCCCAGUUAAACCACCUCCUUCCCCUGUGAAUAUCAGAACAGGACCAAGUGGCCAGUCUCUGGCUCCUCCUCCUCCACCUUACCGCCAGCCUCCAGGGGUCCCCAAUGGACCCUCCAGUCCCACUAAUGAGUCAGCCCCUGAGCUGCCACAGAGACACAAUUCUUUACAUAGGAAGACACCAGGGCCUGUCAGAGGCCUAGCACCUCCUCCACCCACUUCAGCCUCUCCUUCUUUACAGAGUAAUAGGCCACCUCCCCCAGCCCGAGAUCCUCCCAGUCGAGGAGCAGCUCCUCCACCCCCACCACCCAUGAUCCGAAAUGGUGCCAGGGAUGCUCCCCCUCCCCCACCACCAUACCGACAUGGGUCAGAACCUCUGAGCCGAGGAAAGCCUCCACCUCCUCCCUCAAGGACGCCAGCUGGGCCACCGCCUCCUCCUCCACCACCCUUGAGGAAUGGCCACAGAGAUUCUAUUACCACUGUUCGAUCUUUCUUGGAUGAUUUUGAGUCAAAGUAUUCUUUCCAUCCAGUAGAAGACUUUCCUGCUCCAGAAGAAUAUAAACACUUUCAGAGAGUAUAUCCCAGCAAAACAAACCGAGCUGCUCGUGGAGCCCCACCUCUGCCACCCAUUCUCAGGUGAAGCCUGGGGUGGUCCUGUUCCUCAGGAAAAGGAUGGACCCUCUCCUCUUCUCAGAUGGUCCCUUUCAUUCCCCCAAAACCUGCAUGAGAACUCCUAACAUGUUCCUCCAGUGCAACCGACCUCUAGACUCCAAGCGUCCUCCCAGCUCACCUCCAUCUAUGCAUCUCGUCUUCUGGACUUGGUGAUUGGACUCUUUAUAUUGACAGUAGGGUCUCAAACCCUGCAUCCAGCCCUCCUCUGGCAAUCCCUGCUAGCCAGAUGAGGAAAAAGCUUCCAUGUCGCCUGCUUUCCUUGUGGGGAAAGGUGCCUUGUUGUGAUGAAUUAACUCAUUGUUGGGGCAGGGUGGAGAAUGGUACUCCUACCUCCUCCUACCCACUUCGGGGGAAGCUUGGCGGAUAUAUCAUAUUUCAUCAUUUAGGAGGUUGACGUGGCCAGGACUUGGGGAGGUGGGAACAUUUUUAGUGAAACAGGAAAGGAGUUUGCAGAGAAGUGAUCUGUUUUAAAGGUCAAGUUUGGAGAAAGGGCAAAGGAAUGGGUCUGCUUUAUAUUUAGGGGUAUUUUGGUUUUGCUCUUAUCCCACCUCAUACUCUCACUCCAGGGAUAAGUUGGAUAUAAACACUAAAUAUGAAUCAGUUGAACUAAACAUCUAAUAAAAAGAGAGGGUAAAUUAACUGGGAAGCCUUUCAGUGCUAGUCAGUUCCUCUGCAGCAAAGGGACCAGGAACCAUUUAAGUCCUCUGGGGCUCCCCACCCCAUUUCCUCAGAGUGGUGAAGCUGAGGAGUGUUUUUCCUCCCCCCAUCACCCAAACCCUCAAGAGAAAAGUCACUUUCAUUCAUUCCAUAUUCACAAACCCCCAAAACGUCCAGUGGGAGAUAGGAAGAUAGGGCUGGGGUCUUGGCCUUAACCUUGACCUUGAGUCCUCGUCAGUCUUUUCUCACGGACCCUGAAGGACACUGGCCCUUUCAGUCCUGUCUAGAAACUACAGCCCCUAAUGGGGGGCUCCACGAUGACAAACAAGGGAAGGGUGAAGCUUGUUGUGGAGUUCACAGCCCACUGACUGAAAAAGCUCUUUCUGUUCUUUUCUCCAACACCCUUGCCUUUCCAAGACUGCAGGGGUUAACAGCAGAGUAGAGGAGGGUGAGGAAGUUUAUGGGUGUUGUCAAAGAUUCCUCUGUGCCAAGAGGCACAAAGACUUUGGUGAGACAUGUCUCAGCCCAGCUAUCUUCCUUAGCAGCCAGCAAUAUGUUGUUUCUUGUCUUCCAGGUCCUAGUUAAAGAACACAGAGAAAAUGGAGGUUCCCAAUCUAGACUGGAACUGAGCUUGAAUGAUGGGACAGGGACUUGCCCUUCUACAGCAGAAUAGGACUCCUGGGCUCCACACCCAAGUGGUUUGGUUUGCCACAGCUCUUGCCAAGUGCAGAGGCUACUCAAAGCUUGGAGUAAGAGCAGGGAGGCCAUGGUGAUUUCUCAAAAUGGUUGGGGAAAGUCAGUUAAAAAUUUUUACUAGAUACAUCACAGGCUUGAACUAUCUUAGAAACCUUCCCAAUCUAUUGGAUCACAGACUAAGGAUCUGUGCAUGGUGCCAGGUGAACUUCCCAAUACUAGAAGAGAGAGGGUUCAACUUGGGUUAUUUGUAUGAGGUCUGCUAUCCUUUGUCAUCUCCUGGACCACAUUGAUUCUUUUUUUUUUUUUUUUUUGGUACAUGCCCCUAGUGGGAACCGAACCCAGGACUCUCUGGUCCGCAGGCCGACACUCCAACCGCUGAGCCAAACCGGCCAGGGCACCACAUUGACUCUUGAGACAAACAAUGAUUAGGUCUAUCAUCAAACUUUUUCUAAUCAUUAUCAUUCUUAUUUCCAAACCUACUAGGUAAUUACCUCCCAGCAAUAUCCCUGGCAUCCUGAAGUGAAUAGAGCUGAGAAGGGGACGCUAGUGAAGGGAAAAGGAGAGAGUACAAGAGUGGAUACCACAGCAGAGUUCCAGGGUAGAUGCUAACUAGUUGCUAAACUUGGACUGUGAAGUCUUCCCAUUUAUUUUUGAAAUGGGAAUUGAUGCCUUUUGUACAAUGUUAUCAAGUGUAUGUUUUUUUCCCUUUCCUCAAACAUAGAGCAUCAAAAUAAAUAUCACAAGUAAAAGCCAAACCCCAGCUUUUCAUUGGGGCUGAUAUCUUCCUCCCCUGUGACCUGCUGUCCCUCAUAUUCCCCAGCAUUUGGACUGUGUCACAUGGGUACUGAUGUAUUUUCAUUUUCUUGGCCUCAUGAAAAAAGGCCUGGACCUAGAUCUAGUCAGAUGCAUUUUAUUCAGCGCAUGUUGGUGACACAGUACUUAUUUAAAUGUCUUUGCCUUAUACAUUAUUUGGUCCCUCUGUUAAUAACAGAUUUAUUAUCAUGUAUAUUUACUAUUGAAGAAUGGGAAUGUGAUCUUCAUAGUUACUGAUCUAUUUUGUAUGUUGUAAAAAGCUUGUAAUAUAGAUUGAAGGUGGGCUGGCUGCAAGAGCACUAAAACUUCUCACCUUUAACCCACUCUUUUUAUCUGCUUGUGGGAAUGUCGUCUCUUCAGUGGAACAUUGGGUGGUCUCAUGUUGAGGCUAUUGCCCUGUCCCGUUAACCCCCUUAUCCCCUCCCAGAAGGAGACAUUGCCCAACUAAGCAUCAGGAAGCUGUGUUAAAAGCCCUUGUGCGGGUUUGGUUUUAUGAUGUUUUUCUCUAGUGGGGAAAACUUAAUACUAUAGUUGUUUCUUACCGCCCUUUCUGGGAAGCAGGGCCGUGGCCUCCAGGUUUUUAAAUGAGCUAGAUGCCCCUCUUCCCCCUCUUUUCUGGUUACCAAACCUGGAUCAAAGCACUUUGAUAUUCCAGGUGUGGUUUUCCCUAUCGUGGGGAUUUCCUCCAGCAACAGAGCCCUAUCAUAUUCACAGCCUGGAUCCACAGAGCGUCUAGGGCUACCCCACCCAGUGGAUGUGAAGCUGCUGUCUCCAGAAAUUCAUCCCAGCCCUUGCAACUGGCAAAGGCAGGGAGACUAGCCACUGGUCAUUGCAUGGGGGGGCACCCCGUCACCCCACGGUUUCCCAACUUGGAACCCAGAUUUACCUCCAUGGAGAGGUGAGAAAAAAUUGUAAAUAGACUUGCUACAGAGCAACUCAGGUUGGGGUGUGUUUUAAUUCUCCUGAUCACUUGAAAUAAUCUGUAGGCUGAGUGCUUAUGGGAGUGGGGGAGAAGUGUGACUCCAGGGUCUUCUGCAAAGCUCUGGGGGUGGAGUAUAGGGCAUCUGAGGCCCUUUGAUGGCACUACACUGAGCUGUCUGUCCUUCUGGAAACCCAACCUACAAUCAACUGCAAAUCAAAUUCUUCACAUUCCAGUUGUAGUUUCUUUCCCUUUUAAAUCUCAGUUCCUGGCUGUGUAGUUAGGGUAGCUUUCUGUAAGCCAACCUAACUUAGGGAAUAGAAGGCAUUGCAACACUGCCUUUGAGACCCAUCGAAGUGAAACAAAACUACAACCACCUUAAAAACAUAAAAAAAAAAAAGAAUAACCGAAGGAAGGGUUUUUUGGUUCCAUUCAACUCCACGUUCAUUGUGCCUUUACUUGUGUAGAUUUCUGUGCUUUCUUCCUCUCUCCCUCUUUGAAGCAAUUAAAAUCUUCCUUGAUAACUGCUGUUUCCUUUCCUAUUAUUUCUAACAUCUUAGUGGGUUCCCUAAUUGUCUUAAAUCUCAUUUUACUGAUGGCAGAGGGGCCAAGCCUACUUUUCUCAUCUAUCUUUUGUCAUUUCCCAAGACGACCAGCAUGGAAGUCAUAGUCAACACUGAAUAAAAGACAUGUGUGAAGAGUGUGAGUGUGUAUGUGUGUGUCCAUCUUUGUCUACACGUGGAUCAGUUUCUUUUAAAAAGUAAUUUAUUGUAUGAUUUAUUUUGGAGUUAUAUUCUGAUUACAGUGCUCUCUCUCCCAAUUAGCAUUGAUUUUUUUUUUUUUUCCCAACCCCCUUUAAAAUGUAUAAUCUGGUCUCAGGAUGGAUUCUUUGGUACAUUUGUUCCUUCUGGAUGCUGUGCAGUUUAAUUAAACCUUGCUUAAAAACAAAACAAAAAACUGGAAACUGUGUACUCUUGUCUGGAAUACCGCCUCAUGUGGUGGCAUAGAGAGGAGAGAAAAUCUGCCUCGUGGUCCAGGUUGUGUAGUGAUUUGACUCCAGUUCCUUUGAGGAAGUAAAUACCCUGACUUGGGCAGAAGCAGCUGCAGCUUUUUCAAAGUUUUUUUUCCUCUCCACUUGCUACAUUUUGAAAGUCAUUGUAGGUAGCCAUGCCAACUGACUGAUUCUGAUAGACUUGGUCAUUAUUUAUAUUUGCUACCUAACCCCCCUUUGCUUAUGAUUUCGGGAAACCCAGGACACCUGGCCUCGUGUCCUUUAUAUUACGAUUCUUUCUGCCUGUGUUGCAUGGCAGAUUCUCACACUGAUGCAUGGAAGAAAAGGUGGGGGCAGAGCAUGCAGACUGUAUGUCUUGUUUUUAUGUGGGUGUUGGCUGCUUUUCUUCACUGCUUUUUAAGUUGAAAUCUUAACUGGCUUUCUUGAACUUUGAUUUUAGGUGUAAAAAUUAAACCAGACAUUCUCUGCUUGCUUUGGUCAACUGACAUAAUCACUACUCAGACUUAUUGAACUUAAUUUGCACUUUCAUCACUAGCAAAGGUCUUGAAAUUGUUUCCCAUACUGAUUUCAUAGUGGGUGUGUGUAUGAAUCACUUUCACAUAAUUUAGAUAUCAGAACCUAUGAGGGUGAGAGAGGGAGGGGGGGAAAGGGCUCCUUUCAUUUUCAUCCAUACUUGCCAAAUUGGCCGAAUUCCUGAUUA